UUUGAAUCAUGUCUUAUAGAUCUAAUUAUUAACGGAAUGUCUGCCCAUGACCAUAAUGUGGAUUGGCAAGAUGAAGAUAUUAAUUCCACUUCAGAUGAAAUCUUUGACAGUUUCAUGGAAAUUGUAAAUGAUCCAAAGCUUCAUUCUCAUGAUGAAAACAAUCAUGAUAUAAACAAUGAGACAGUUGAUGGAGAACUUAUAGCUAAAACCAACCAAAAUCUGGAAAGUGAGACAGACAGUGGAUGUGACAAGGAUAUACCUACAGAAUCAAAUGUUGACUCUGAUUUGAAAGAAAAAAGUGAAGUUGAUUUUAGUAAAAUUAUUGACAAGUCCAAUGAAGAUCUUGGGUUUGCAGACAUGAAAAAUGAAUCUAGUUUAUCUAACAAGGAAAAUUAUGUUGAAGAAGACUCAAAAUUGGUCGAUGUUCACAUCUCUCAAGUUAACCAAGAUAGUGGUAUACAGCAACCACCGGAGCUACCUGAAAAAAUGCAAACGACUGAUAAUGUCUCGUCUCAUGACGAGGAAAAAAAUUUUGUGCACAGUCAGAAUGAGGAGACUUCAAAGAGUGAUAUCAUGCCUUCUGAGUUUGCAAUACAGAAUGAUGAUACUGGCUUGGCAAAUGCAAAUCAUAAAAACAUAAUGCCAAGCUCAACAAUUGAUAUUGGUACCAACAAUAGAACUGAUCGUAAUCAAGAAACAGACGUUGAAACUAAAGGCAAAGAUAUGAUUACACAGAAAGAAAACAUUGAACAAAUCAAUAGUAUCGAGGAAGGUAUUCGCAUGACAAGUAAGGUUUGUGAUGAACUAAAAGAACUCACGAAGAGACUAUCACAUUCAAGUGAUGAUCUGUUGGCAGGUAAUGAAUCUGAUAAUGUGACCCAAGACACGAUUGUUGAAUCAAAUGAAAGUGAUAUGACCUCGGACGUAAUCAAAGUUUCUCCUGAAAGGGAUGAGAAUAAUCAUUCUGGUGCUUCACCACUCUCUCAUGAAACCUCAGAAGAAAAGAAUAAAAAGCAAAACUCAUUGCCAAAUUUGAUUUUGACCACACAAGACGAUAAUGUUUCUUCUCCCAUUCAACUUCAGACAAAGAACUUGGGCAAUGAUUUUGCUGAAGUAACUUAUACAUCAAGCAUGACAGAUUCACAGUACUCAAGUGAGAGUUCUCUUUCUGGGGAUACAAAUGAGGACUCCAAUGCAGAGUCUCAGAGGCCCAUGAGUUGGGAUGUACUGAACACAGUAUUUGAGGAUACUGAUGAUGAUGAUGGAGCAAUAUAUGAUUCAAGAAAAACAUUUGGCGGAUUUGGUAUAUUUCUUGAGAAGGAGCAUGAUAAUGAUGAAUUGUGCACUCAAGAAUCUUUAGUACCCCAAAUUGAUGAUAACAGUCAUACUAAAUCUGAAUCACACAACUCUAUUGAUUGUAAAAAACAGCCUUGCAAUAGUAAACCUGUCAAGGAUAGUAAAGAUGCUGUGAUAUGUUCAGGUUUUAUGGAGAAGUUGGGUGGAACUGGUAUUUUGCCUAAAAACUGGCGAAAACGUUGGUGUGUUUUGAGAAAUGAUCGUUGCCUGUACUAUUAUAAAAGACAAGAGGAAAAAUCACUUUGUGGAAUUAUUGUACUCGUCAACUAUAUAAUACAUAAUAGCGCCGAGUGUCACAGAAAGAAUUGUAUUAAAAUCAGUAAAGGUGGAGGAAGAACUUACUUCUUUUCCGCUAACACAUCUACAGACAUGCUAAGAUGGGUAGAGGCGCUUCGAAAGGCUGCAGAUUGUAAAGACGGCGAAAUGAAUUUUUUCAUUCACCAAGAGAUCAUUCACAAUGUUGCCAUUCCUGCGCUUUCGAUAAAAAACCCUGACUGCCAUGGUCACCUCACGAAACAAGGUGGGAGAUCUACACGUUCCUGGAAACGUCGCUAUUGUGUUCUCAAAAACGGUUGUUUAUACUACUAUCGGGAAAUGGCCGACAGCACGGCUCUUGGAGUUGCUAAGCUACAUAAAUAUACCAUCAACCAAGAAUUUGAUCGACGAAAUGGUUUUCAAUGUAUUCCUCCUCAUUCUAGCAUGCGAACAUUCGCUUUUAUAGCAGAUAACGACUAUGAUAAGCAAAGAUGGGUUUCUUGUAUUAUCCAGUCGAUACAAGCCUUUGCAGAUAAUUCCGCCAGUUAAGUAACAAGUGCAUUCAAUAUACGUCUGUCUAUGCUCUAAUGUUUUUUAAAGUCUACUCAUAUUUAUGAUUUUAUUAUUUUAUUUGUAACGCUAAUUAGAUUUCCUAGAUUAGCAGUCACCAGAUUUUUAACCAGUUCUUUUUAAAGACAUCUAUUUUUUCAAAGCAAUUUCAAGUGUUUUUUUACCAAAUGUUUUUUGCCUUAGGGUUGCUAGUGUAAUGAUUGUUUUAAAAACGUAUAACGUGUCAGAACAUUCCAAUAAUAAAUUUUGAGAUACCAGGUACAUAUGAAAGAGAAGGGUUUUGAUUGUUUGCAAUAGUACAUUUGGUUUCUUUCUGUGAUGGAUACCAGACACUUUUCCAAUUUAUGGCAUGAAGAAAAUAACUUAUAUUUAGCCACGUAUAAAACAUUCUCAAUUCUAUUAGGAAUGGAAUGCUUGUUUCGUAGUUUUUAUUCCACUUCAUACUGUCUCAGUACAGAAAUUCAAAGCUUACCGUAGUGUUCAUUGGAAUAUGAAGUGAUUUCAUUUUCAACAAAGACAACAGGAGGUAUUCUUAUGUGUCUUACAUAAUAUUUGUGAAUAAAAACUGAGUAUAUUUCCAGAAAGUACUAGUACUAGUUCACCUUAAUUUUUAUAUAAAACACUGAGGAUGAAUGCUGUUUUACAACGAACUGUUUUAUUAACAUUUCUCUCUCAAAGAUUUUACAUGGCAGAUAUUGAAUUAAAUAACAUUUGUACGUUUAUAUAUAACAAUAUUUUAAGGAAUAAUUACUUGUGUACAUAGAAUAUUUUAUCCUUUAAUACAUGUGUACAAUAAUCAA